AUGGUGGGCGUCUCCGCGGCGCUGGCGCUGGCGUCCCGACGGGCCCUCGUCACUGUGCGCAAGGCCGCCACGGCGCCAGCCCAGAAGAAGUCAGUUUCUCUGCGUGCCUUCGAGAGCGAGUUGGGCGUGCAGGCACCCUUGGGCUUCUGGGACCCCGUCGGCUUCACGAAGGACGGCGAUGCCGAGAAGUUCAGGAGGCGCCGCUCUACUGAGAUCAAGCAUGGCCGCAUCAGCAUGCUGGCCACGAUGGGCUACAUCACGCCCGAGGUCGCCGGCAAGUUCCCCGGGAUGCUCAGUCCGUCUAAGGGCAUCGCCUUCGAAGACGUCCCGAACGGCCUGGCCGCCCUGUCCAAGGUGCCUCAAGAGGGUUGGUUGCAGAUGAUUGCCUACUGCUGGUUCUGCGAGCGGUCUGCGAGCGUGAACGGCUCCGCGACAGAGAAGGGAAAGUACGUGGCGUUCGGCGAGAAGACGCCGGGCGACGUGGGCUGGAAGCCGCCUCUGCUCUCUGGCUUCCAGGGCGAGGCGAAGACGAAGAAGCUGAACGCGGAGAUCGCCAACGGAAGGCUGGCGAUGAUGGCGAUCAUCGGCAUGUUCUAUCAAGACGGCCUGACCGGCAGUGCCUGGGGCGACUGGGCCAGCUACACGGACUCGCCGCUGCGCGCCUUCGAGAGCGAGCUGGGCGUGCAGGCACCCUUGGGCUUCUGGGACCCCAUCGGCUUCACGAAGGACGGCGAUGCCGAGAAGUUCAGGAGGCGCCGCUCUACUGAGAUCAAGCAUGGCCGCAUCAGCAUGCUGGCCACGAUGGGCUACAUCACGCCCGAGGUCGCCGGCAAGUUCCCCGGGAUGCUCAGUCCGUCUAAGGGCAUCGCCUUCGAAGACGUCCCGAACGGCCUGGCCGCCCUAUCCAAGGUGCCUCAAGAGGGUUGGUUGCAGAUGAUUGCCUACUGCUGGUUCUGCGAGCGGUCUGCGAGCGUGAACGGCUCCGCUGGAAGCCGCCUCUGCUCUCUGGCUUCCAAGGCGAGGCGAAGACGAAGAAGCUGA